AUGAGUGUAAUUUUUUUGAUGACAAUGACCGCGUUCUCAGCUUCGAACCUAUCUCCAACGCUUUGUUCCUACAUAAUCGGUGUUCUUUUAGUAAAUGCACUUCAACAGAGCAAGGAAGUUGCAUUAACUACCAAAUUGGCAGCGAUAGUUCUAUUGUUCAACGAAAGUUCUGUUGUACAAAAUGUCAAAGCUCUAACUAUGGCCAAUUUUCAUAUACAGUUGUUGACACAGAUAACUUAA